AGAUACAUACAGUAGUACACACAGGCUUGUGGCUUGCUCGAAUCUCUCAACCUUGGUUAGCCUCGGAAGUUUGUGUCUCCGCGGUUAUUGUAUUUAAUUAACGAGGCGGUAGUUGUUUUAUGUAACAACUGCUUGACCCCGCAUUGGUGCUAUAAUAAACGCUCAUCAAGUCCCCAGCAUCUUUUAACUUCUAACGGUAGAUCUUCCAAGGAAAAAUCAAAUUCGAUACUAUGGCGUGCAAAGUUACGGGGACCGCUUUCAUCACCGGCGCAGCCUCUGGUAUUGGCAAAGCGACGGCACUGAAAUUUGCAGAACAGGGCAUCACCUCCUUGGCACUUUUAGAUGUCAACCUGGCCCAGCUGGAAGGCACCCGCGAUGAGCUCCGCAACACCUUCCCCAAUGUCGAAACCGAGAUCAUGCAGGUAGAUGUCACCAAUGAAUUGUCGGUCGACGAAGCGAUCCGGAAGACAGUGUCUCGGUUUGGUCGCAUUGACAUUGCCGUGAACUCCGCGGGGAUCAGUGGGACACUUGCAAAGACGCAUGAGUUAAGUUUGCAGGAGUGGCAAAAGGUCAUUGACAUCAAUCAGACAGGGCUGUGGCUGUGUCAGAGGGGAGUCAUCCAGCAGAUGUUAACACAAGAAUCGCGAGGUGUCCGUGAAGGUCGCGGAGUAAUCAUCAACCUGUCCUCGAUGUAUGGCAUCGCUGCUCCCCCGGCAAACUUCGGAAUCAUCCCAUACACUGCUGCCAAGCACGCUGUCGUCGGCAUCACCAGACUGGACGCCAAAACGUACGGCAAGGAUGGAAUACGCAUCAAUGCCAUUUGUCCCGGUUAUGUCGACACACCUAUCAUUCGUGCGGGGAUUGAAAGCGGUUCAAUGAACAGCGAGUUCGAGAAAACUCCAUUGGGUCGUCCCGCCGAUCCUGAAGAGAUUGCGGACUCCAUCCUCUAUCUUGCCUCGCCCAUGAGCAGUUUUGUGUGUGGUACUGCGUUGGUGGUGGAUGGCGGAUACACUUUAUGAAACGGAACGGACACAUACAAC